CGUUUUCCCGUGCGCGAUCGACAGAUUUCUUGCUCUCCAAUUGCUGCCGACAACUUAGCACAGUCCUAUACGCAUGGUCACGUUCGCCGUCGCCAACACGGAGCGCAGCCGCUGCAAGGUGGUGCCCCGGGCGCAGCAGCCAGCGACGGCACUUGAAGAAUUUUCCAACGAAAGCUGCGGCGACAUUGUGCAAGCCACGGUGCUCGAGCCCGUCGUCGCGUCGACGCACGGCUUUGUGCAUGGCGUCCUUGAAGCGUACUGCCAUCACCACGACCUCGUCCUGCGACCGGACGAUCUUUGGCUGGCCAUCAUGACGCAGUUUGGUUUGUUUGUCAACGCCAACGCCAACGACCUUCGGCAAUCGCUGGUGGCCCACGACGGCUCGAAGGAGCUCGUGGUCGAGGCGAUCGGCACGCUGUACUCGGUCGACUUUGGCGCGCUCUCGACUCAAAUGGUCACGCACAUGGAGGCGCACCUCGUCGACCCGAGCCUUAAAGACUGGAUCCUCCCGUCCUUCUCGACAACAACCGACGACGACGUCAUCGUCGGUAGCGUCGUGCUCAUGGCCACGAUGAAGUCGUUCUUCUCGUACAAGUACGUGCUCCGGUGUGGCAUUCCCAAUGUGACGCUUCUCGGUACGACCCGCGACUGGGAGGACGUGCGGCGCCGUCUCGAGAGGCUCGGGUCGUUUGGUCCGCGCUUGGCACGCUGGGCGACCAUGCUACGCCGCAUCGUUGAUCAGUGCGUCGCGGCGGCCCAAGGCGCGCAUGACACGGAUUUCUGGAACUCCAUUUGCACCAAAAUCCCUGGCGGGUCGGGACCGACCUAUAUCACGGGCUGGAUCAGCGCGUUCUGUGUGUUUGACCGCGACGGGCAGUGGCAAGCCGACAAGAAACCGGCGCGAUCUAGUGACACGUCGCACGACUAUCCGUACGUCGACACGGAGGAUAUUCCACCGGGAUACCUUACUGUGGACGCGACGAUCGACGACAAUGGCGUUCUGCACAAGGCCUUCCUCUUUGCGGGGCACAUGGCCUAUCGCAUUGGCGACGACGAGGCGUCAAUCGCACCCGUGCUUUCCUGGGCCAUUGCACUCAAGAACGGACCACCGCCGCCCACCAAGACGGCGUCGCGCCGGAAGUAGCUGUGCCCUACGACGGUGCGGGACCGGAACGCGAUGCAAUCGGCGCAUCGUCUUGCAUUGGCUUUCUCAACUCGGUCGGAAAGGCGUCAAACGUCGGGUACAGCGACACGCCUAGAAAGGCUAGUACGCUCUCUGGGACACUCUGUCGAGCAGGCAUUCUGCGUACGGCACAACAUGCUUCGAAAGUCCCCAAAAACCGUUCAGUGUAAAGUGCAAUUUCAAUACUUCGACAACUGCUCUAGUAUAAUUUUUGAAGUG